GUAGAUGCGUGCGACUUGACAAGAUUCAGAUAAACAAAUGUACUGACGAAGAUAAAAUUCUUCGAGGUAAAAAGAUACUUUUACUCACUUUUUUUGUCGCGCUUAUAUAUUUACGUUAGCUGUGAUAUUAUUUAUAAAUUAUUUAAAUUCUUUUCUUAAAUUGAGAAGAUCGAUAGUGUCUCGCGCCAAAUAUGCAUAUAGUAAGAUCGACCGAACAUCUUUUACGCAAGACGCCUUAAACUGCAUUUUUAUUUAAUUUUUUUAAUUUUUUCUAUAUAAUUAUAAAAUGCAAUAGCAAUUUCUGAAAUUUGUCUAAUUUCAUUUUAGUAUGCAUUAAUAAUAUCAAAACGCAAGUUUAAUCAAAUUUAAACUUAUAAAGAUGCAUAUAAAUUAUUCUGUACUGUGAAGGAUGAUGAGGGAAGUAAUCGAUAGUGAUCGAUCUCCUUGAUCGACCGACGCCAUGUAAGGCUACAAUUUUGAAAUCAUAUUGAAAAUUGAAACACAUCUUUUCGGCACAAUAUUUUCAAAAUUAUAAAAUAAAUAUUUCUUCUGUAAAAUCAAAAACUAUGUGUACUUGCAAUUCAAAUUUUAAUAAUAAUGGUAAUCAUGAAGAAUAUUAUAGUGCACUUUCCGACAUUCAAAGAUUAUCUCCAGACGAUUGGCGUACAUCAACGCGACAUCCUGAAGACCUUCCUCAGGAACAUAUCGCGACUCCAACAGCUUCUGUACAACGAGAUUAUCCUCGUCCAAUCCCUCGUUUAAGAACAGCUUCACCACGUAGACCACUUAUCGCAUCUGGAGUGGCCAUUCUUCCACGACGAAUCGAUUUCGAUGCCGCAGAGGAAGAGUAUAUUGAUGUCGUGAAUGAAACAGACGCAAAAGAAACAGAACAAUUAAGAACCCCGCACCAUCCGAGGCUUGAACCGAUUGUUACUCCUAGAACGUAUACGUUGAGACGCACAAGAGCAACGCAGCAUCCAGUGACGAUAAGGGAGUCUUUUCCUAGACUAAUUAGGCAUACACCAUGCGGGAAAUGUUUGAGACUAUAAAAGCAUAUCGUGGUUACUACAAAGUGCAAUCAGCUAAUCUACACAAGUAUGUAUUAGAACACCUGUAUGAUAUGCGAGAAAAGUAGAGAAAAUCUAUGGAGUGGUCGUGCAACACAGCAGUUUUAAUUGCAACGAGAAUUCACGAGUCGUCCUGUUUCGCGCACCUCGAAAUUCACGAUCACAAAUUGUGUCUUCACGCACGCAAGUGAACCGAUGCUUGUAUGAUUAUACUUCCAAUACAGAUCCCGGAACACUGAAGAUAUCGUAGAAGUACUGCGCAAACACUCCAACUGACUUGUCUUUCUCAUUCAGAGUCUACAGAAGGCACACGAUUAUAGCAGCACUGGGUACACGCCUGCUUUUACGGUCAUUCCAUCUUCAAAGUCUGUCAUCGUAAUAAAACACAUGGCUCUAAAGUAUACUCUAUUUUAAAGAUGCAACUAUAUCUCCAUUCGAAAAGUUAUUUAGUUAAUAUUUGCUUAAAUUUACCGACAGAAUUUACAAUAAUCGAAAAUAAACCACCUUAAUGACAAUUAAAUCAGAUGAAUUAAAAGUCUAUCGUACACGUAACACGAUUGUUACAUAAUAAAAAAUCCGAAAAUUUAGGAUAAACAAGAAUCAUUUGUACUAAUUAGCUCACUUUCUCUGUCAAAAGUAUAAUAUUUGUUAAAAUAAAAUCUUAUCACAGAAUAUUAAUUUUUCUUCUACAUUUUUGUGUGUAUUUUAAUUCUGUAAAAGACUUUUACAAUUCUAUAAAGCCGAUUAAAAAUUAGUUUAUUUAAAAAAUUUCAGUAAAACAAACGACUUUAAGAUCCCCUUAAUGUACAAAAUCUAUGAUAUAUGUAUAUGUAGAACAUAAAACCGUAUUUGAUUAGGGAUAACAUACACGAACAAUAUCGUGCAAUUCAAAUUAAGUUUAAAAGUAUAGAAAAAAAGAUUAGCUUUAACUUUUUAUAAUUGAGAAUCCAGAUAAGAACGAUAAAAACAGCAGUCUAAAAUUUUUGGAAUAAAAUCCAAUUCAUAAACUGAUAUUAAUAUAUACGUGUACCUUAAUUCUGGAAAAGAAUUUCCAAAUCUAUAAAAGAAAUACAUACAAAAUUUUGUUGUUAAUAACGUGCACAAAUGGGUCAACAUUAUUAUCGAUUUCAAUCAAGUUUGACGAGCAUUUUAACUUCCUUUUAAUUAAGAUUUUUUAAUUAUAACUUGUUUAAAUUAAAAAAACAGUAUAAAAUAUAUACACAUUGUUAACGUUAGUAGCUAUAAUUAGAAUGACAAUCAAUCUAACUAAUAAAAUCUUCAUUAAUUCACGUACUAUUAUCAGUUACCAUGUACGUAGUCACAUAAAUUUUGAAAUUAUUAUAAUUAAUAAAUUUGCAAAUUUGUCAAAGAAUUUAAAUUAUCAUUAAAAUAUUGAAAUUACAUGUAGUGUAUACAACAAAUUUCUGUGCGCAUAAGUCUUUAGAGAAAAUACAAAUGACAAAAUUGCAUUGUUUUACAGUAACGAUAUUUUUCGUUGAGUGACAAUUUCCUAAUUGGUGAAUUAAUAUACUUAAUAUGUGCAACGUACCUUGCGUAGCAAAGUAAGCCAGUCCGCAUAUCAGCAAUGAGAUCGCACAGACAUAACUUUUCUCACUUUUUUGCUUAAAACGUCAAGAAGAGAAGGCGAUAAUAAAUUUAAAAAAUUGUAACUUUCACAUAUCGUUUCUCCCUUUUUUAUAGCGUUGAGAAAAAAUCUUAAUUUCUGCACGAACAUAGAGUAAAACGUGCAACAUCACACUAAAGUGAUAACAAUAAUUUAAGAUAAGAAGAAAAAAAAGGAUCAAAUUAGUAUUACGUGCACUGAAGAUUAAACACAGUGUUACGACUAAGCUUCAAUUCAGUAUCCAAUUAAAAAAAUUUUUUUUAAUAUUUUUUAAAGCAUUAAAAAAUAUUUUAAACAUAUUUUUAAAAACGUUAAAACUAAUAAGUUAAGUUUUCUUUUUUUUUUUGUUUAAAAAGUGACUUAUUCAAUUGAAGAAAUACUCGUAUAAUGUUUAAAAAACAUUUAGAAAAGAUUUAUUUUAAAAUAAAAAAUGCAUUUUUGAUAUCAAAUAAUGUAAUUAUUUUACAUUUAAAAAAAUUAAUAUGUUGUUAAAAUAAAUUUUUUGCUAUAUGUGCGUCAAAAGUGAUUUCUUUUAUAUCACUUUUUUGUGAAGACGCCGAUUUCAGCGCUUUAACAUUCUUGCACAGUUCUUAUUCUCUAAUAGGUGGUGUGAAUUUUGGCAAAAAACAUUCUAACACGAUUUUUUAGCCCAUUUAACAAUCAUUUCAGCACUCGAAGGGGUGUCAUCUCGCAACACGCUUAUAAUAAUUCUCGCAGAAGUGACUGACGCUUCGUUGCUUUGGCGAAUCUAAUUUUGACUAACCCGUCAUUUAUUUGAUUAAAAUAUAAUCGCCACAUAAACGAUUUUUACACAUAUUUGUUGUUCUAUACUAAAAAGGCGCUGUACUAGUGUUGAUGAAAAUAUUAGCAAUGUAUAUUAUAUAUUAUAUUUAUGUACUUACUUUGUUUGAAUUCAACUUUUUCAAUUUCGAUUCUAAAUAGAACAGUGUCUCGAUACUAUACUAUUGAUUGGUUGUGUAUACAAAAAAAAUAACAUAUUCUAAUAAUAUUAUAAAAGAAAUCUUCAUACACACACACACACACACACACACACACAUACACACAUACACAUCAUCCCUCUGCUACUAUUAAAAAGUAGAUUUUUGCAUACAGUUUUUAAUGUAUAAAAUAUCUUUAUUUUUUUAAAUAAAAUUUUUACAUAACCUUACUAUGAAACUUUCGGUAAUUAUUUAGAUUAAGGGACACCGCGCCUUGAUGACCUAGAUAUAUGUUGUCAAAGACAUGACCCUGAGUAACUUUUCUUUAUAACUUAAUCGGCAGUCACUGUUCGUUAAAAAGUUAUUAACAAAAGAACACACUAUCCCCAUUAUCCAAAUAGCGACAUAAAAUUGGUUGGGUUAGAGUUAGAAAAAAUUAUACUUAUUGCACACAGGACAAAGAUGUGCAACAAAUUUACUGUUAGAUUUUAUAACAAAAAUAUCUUAAACAUUUUUUAAGAUGACAUUUUUUAAUCCAGGAUAAAAAUGGAUGUGCUUUAUCAUCUACGUAGAUAUAUAUAAGAAUGUUAAUUCCUCCCUCUAAAUAAUCAUCUACAUAAUUUGAGUUAGAUAUCAGCAAACACUAAUUUCAAUUAUGAGUCAUUCAAGAUUAAAGUAAUGUUGAAAAAGUAUCACCACAUCACUCGCUGUAAGACAUGAAAAGUUAAAUGUUUCAAUUCUUCGUUGAGGUAUUAUCUUUUUCGCAAUAAAAUUAUAAUAAAAUUACAAUUUUUUAGUGGAAAGAUAUACUUUUGUUCAUUUUAUAAUUCUGUUUCAAAGAAAAUUUAUUUGGCACACGAUGCAAUGAGCUUGAAAAAGUAUGUAAAAUCACACGAAAAUCCAAGUAUAAUCGAAUAAAAUUUGUCUUUAUUUACUAUGUGUUUUUACUUAUCUCAAAUUCAAUAACUUUAUUCAGUUGAAAAAGGCGCUUAUUUAAUGCUAUAACGCAAAAUACAAAUGUAAUCGCAAAUAAUUUAACUCACAAUUUCGAGUUCUUUUCAAAACAUUAAUUGUACAUUAAAUUGUACAUUAAAUUUUAUAAAAAAAUGCUAACUAGUCUACAAAGCAGAUUCCAAGUUCUUAAAAAGAUCUUAUUAUUUUAAUCAUGUAAAACAUUAGUUAUAAGACAAAAUUUCGUAGAUAAAUUUAAAAAUAAUCUAACAGUACAGUUUAAUUAAUACAUCUUGGACGACAAGAAAAACAAACAAUAAGUGAUAAUGAUGGUGUUACAACAAACAGAUUAUUUUCCAACUAAGCCAGGAGGUUUUUUUCUGCAAACAAAUUUUGGACAGCAAUCUGGAAAUGGCUUCUCAUAAACAGGCCAACUAUAAGAAUGUAAGUAAUGACCAUCUGGACAGUCCGCUACAGGACAUCUAAAAA